GGUGUAACACUUGCAAAGAUACACUUCCGCCGGAAAGUUCCAUACCCGGGACGGUCUCUGCCAUGCUUUUCCUCCCGUGUCGCUUGGAGUGGUAGCUUUUAGCUCCUGUGUUGGUCAGUUCGGUGGACAGAACCAUCGACAUGCUGCGCGAAGCGCCGCGGACCCUGGUGGUGGCCGAGCUCAUGCUUAUGCUGCGGGGGAAAGAGGAGCUGGAGGAAAGCGGGGGCAAUGGCAACAACAACGAUAUUCUGUGUUUGUGCACCCGGGCCUUCGUAGAGGAUCGAAAACUGUACAAACUAGGCUUAAAGGGGUUUUAUGUCAAAGAUGAGGAUGACAGUAUAGGGGAAGAUCCAGAAACUGAGGAUGACAAAAAAGAAGAGAAACAUAAUUCCUUUGGGACUGAUGCUUCUGGACUGGAAGACAUUGAACUAGAUUCAGAAACUGAACUCAUGAAGCGCAUGGGCUUACCCAUUCAAUUUGGCAGCGUGGCAACCCAUAAAACAUUGGUGGUAUACGAGAGUAUUGGCAAGAAAAGUAACAAAGUUCUGGAGGAGAAGAAGAAGAAGAAGAAAAUGCUAGAAAAAGAUAUCCUGAUAGUAAUGCAACAGACUUUGGAAGAGGAUCAUGAUGAUGAUGACUUCUCUCUUUCUGAUGAUCCUUCCUUAAUGAAAAAGGAAGCUGAGAAUGACAAGCGCUGUGAAAAUGGAGACACUUUAUUUGAUAAUUUUCUUAUUAAAGAAGAAUGGGAGAAAUAUUGGGGUGAGUUUGGUGAAGGACUUCUGUGGCAAAGUUGGCAAGAGAAAAAUAAGGAUGUAAAUUUUGAACUUUUGUCUAUUACUGAACCAUGGAAUAAUCCUGAAGUGAAGGAAAAGUGGGAGCAGCACUAUAGUGAACUAUACUGGUAUUACUGGGAACAGUUUCAUUAUUGGGCAAGUCAAGGUUGGACUGUUGACACUGCACAUAACAGUGGCCUAGAGACUAAUGCAAGUAAGCUGGAAACAAAUCAGCCAACAGAAAUACAGAACACUCAAGCAGAUGCUGAGUGUGGAGAAAUGGUGGGCUCCAACUUACAUCUCCCUCUCAGUGCCAGCUGCAAAGAAAAUCCUUUUUCAAAGGAUGUUCACUGUAAUAAUGACAUUCUUACUGAAAUCAGUAAAAUAAAUCUGAACUCAAGAGAAACUGAGCAGAGCAAAUUGGAAGAUGUGGUUGAUGGUAAUGAUCAUCGAGGAGUAAGCUUAACAAACAUUGAAAGACAUUGUCCUUGUGAUUCUUCUCGGACUGCGAAAUGUGAUGAGAGAACAAGAAAAAGUAAUACUUCCUCUGAAAAUGGAUGUUCAGACAAGCCAGUUUCCCAGGAGUCAUCUAGAGCAUGUUCAGAUGUCACAGGAGGUGGAGGAUCACACAGUAACAGUGGUGAUGAUGAUGAUGAUGAGCAGCCACCUGAACGCAAACAUGUGAAAUUAAAGAGGAGUCAUGAACUGGAUGCUGAAGAACACCCUCAGGCUGAUCCAGAAAAAAUUUGCUGCCUUCUGGGGCUCAAGCACGGCAGAGGACAAAAAUACAGAGAAAUUCCUGACUUCAGUGAAAGAAGAGUGACUAAUUUCAAUAAAAAUAUGACAUUUAAAUCAAAGUUCUUGGACAUGCGCAGAACAAUCAAGACCAAAAACAAACAUACUUUUUUUACAGAAGAGUUUGAAACAGUGGUGAUCAAGAAGAGUAAUACUUUGAUUAAGGUGGAAGACUUCUUGAAACAAGUGAGUGAACCUGUGGAAGAGGUGUCUGAAGACCAAGUUCACCACACUUCUUCCAGUAGUGAUUCGGAGGAACGGGAAGAAGCUGCUGGCUCACAAAAUAAUCUGAAUUUCCAAAACUGUGACCUGCUAUUUCCCAGUCCAGAUUCUUGUAAACUUGGGGGAAGCAGCUCUGAGGAGAAAGGCAAAGAAAAUCUGGUAGCAGCAACAAGUGACUGUAAUUCUCAGGAGCCUAAGGAAGAGGCAGAAAGAGGAAACACAUGUCAUUUGGGAAGAAAGCUAGUUCCAAUUGACAUUCCAGACUACCUGCAAGUGGAAAUGGAAGGUGAAAUAAAGGCUACGAAAAAGAAGAAGAAGAUGCAGAAGAAGAAAAACCGGAGUAUGCUGUCCCUUCCUCCUGAAAUAGUUGGUGAUUCUGAGCUGGUUAAAUAUUGGGCACAGCGGUAUAGACUGUUUUCUCGAUUUGAUGAAGGGAUUAAGUUAGACAGAGAGGGAUGGUUUUCUGUCACGCCUGAGAAGAUUGCAGAGCACAUUGCAGACCGUGUAAGUCAGUCCUUCAACUGUGACAUAAUAGUGGAUGCAUUCUGUGGCGUGGGGGGAAAUACUAUUCAGUUUGCCUUGGCAGCAAAAAAAGUAAUUGCGAUUGAUAUUGACCCUGGGAAGAUCAGUCUUGCUUGCAGUAAUGCAGAAGUGUAUGGAGUGGCAGACCAAAUAGAGUUCAUAUGUGGAGAUUUUAUGAAGCUAGCAUCCAGUUUAAAAGCAGAUGUUGUGUUUCUGAGCCCUCCGUGGGGUGGGCCUGAAUAUGCUACUGCAGAAAUCUUUGACGUCCAAACGAUGAUUUCUCCGGAUGGAUUUGAAAUUUUCAAGCUGUCGCAAAAGAUUACCAACAACAUUGUAUAUUUUCUUCCUCGUAAUGCUGACAUAGAUCAGGUUGCUUCCUUAGCAGGGCCAGGAGGGAAAGUUGAAGUAGAACAAAAUUUUCUGAACAACAGAUUGAAGACCAUAACUGCUUAUUUUGGUGAUCUAAUUAGACAAGAUGCAUCCUGACUUAUUUGUGUGAGUGAACCUGCUUGUCAAUGCAAAAUGGAUCAUCCCAGUAUUUUGAAGAAUAAUCCCUCGAUCAUUUAUAUAUUUCUACAAUCAAUGACUCUAAAGUAUUCUUAUUUUUUGUUGUUUGAGGGGAAAUGGUUUAGAAUGCCUGUUGCAGAUG